AAGGCUUGUUCAAGACCAAAGUCCAGAAUCCUCUGAAACACGUGAUAAAUAGUCAGCGGCUCGGGUCCCACACACAGCCUGAAAAUGGGGCGUGGCAUGUAUCCUCCUCAGCCCUCAAUUUACAUUAACAACCUCAAUGACAAAGUCAAAAAGGAAGAGUUGAAGAAAUCUCUGUACGCAAUUUUCUCUCAAUUCGGAGAAAUUCUGGAAAUUGUUGCGGCCAAGAAUUUGAGAGCACGAGGACAAGCUUUUGUAGUGUUUAAGGAUAUCAACAGUGCUUCAAAUGCUCUCAGAUCAAUGCAGGGAUUCCCUUUCUACGAGAAACCUAUGAGGAUAAACUAUGCCAAGAAGAAGUCAGACGCAGUGGCUAAGUUGGACGGUUCAUUUGUAGCUAAAGAUGCCAACAAGAAGGGUGCUGUGAAAGAAAAGAGGAAAGCUCCCGAGCAAGCAGGUGGAGAAGCGAAGAGAGUGAUGGAGAAAGCUAUGCCCAUGAUGGGACUUAUGCAAGGGAUGAUGCAGGGUAUAAUCCCCCCAGGAAUGCAACCCCCAGCUGUUAACACCGUCGCUCCCCCGAUGCCACCUAAACCCAGACCAACUCCUCCUCAAACUGGAAGUGAAAUUCCACACAAAAUAUUAUUCUUGCAGAACCUCCCUCCAGAAACAACAGAAAUGAUGUUGACGAUGCUUUUCGAACAGUUCCCUGGGUUCAAAGAAACAAGAUUAGUCCCCGGCAGACACGACAUAGCCUUCGUCGAGUUCGAAGUUGACCAACAAGCAUCCCAAGCAAAACAGGCUCUCAACCAGUUCAAGAUCACGCCGAAGAAUGCCAUGUCUAUUUCAUUUGCGAACAAAUAGCUAAUAAAUAAGCAGACUAAAAUCAGUAUCCCUCAUUAUGUUCUUUCUGAACGUGUUUCCGCGAUGUUAUUAAUGUUGACAUAUUUGAUGAUGAUAGAAAAUUUUCCGAGUCUUCGUGAGCGUUGUUGAGCUCUUCAGACGAUUUAUAAGCUUUAUUUUUAUUUAUUGAGCUCGGGUCUUGUAAUGAUACUCGACAUUUCAUCUUUUAUUACUCA